CCUCUCCACUCACCAUGCCGGCUCUUACCACGACCGCCAGCUCGCUGGUCCGGGCCGCCGCGCGGACCCAAUUGCCCGCCGUCCGCGCCUCCGCAACCGCGCUGCAAAAACGCUCCGAGUCGUCGGCCUCCUUCGACAGCCCCUUCAAGGGCGCUAAGACCACCAGCAUCCCCACCAAGGCCUGGAAGAAGUACCGCAACAGCGGCGGCGAGACCGGCCAGAAGGUCUUCCAGUACUUCAUGGUCGGCAGCAUGGGUGCCAUCACUGCCAUGGGUGCCAAGAACACCGUCCAAGACUUCCUCGUCAACAUGUCCGCGUCCGCCGAUGUCUUGGCCCAGGCCAAGGUUGAGAUCGACCUCAGCGCCAUCCCUGAGGGCAAGAACGUCAUCAUCAAGUGGCGUGGCAAGCCCGUCUUCAUCCGCCACCGCACCGAGGGCGAGAUCCAGGAGGCUGAGAACACCAAGUGGGAGGGCCUGAGGGACCCCCAGGCCGACUCCGACCGUGUCAAGAAGCCCGAGUGGUUGAUUAUGCUUGGUGUCUGCACCCACCUUGGUUGUGUCCCCAUUGGCGAGGCCGGCGACUUCGGCGGUUGGUUCUGCCCCUGCCACGGUUCCCACUACGACAUCUCCGGCCGUGCCCGCAAGGGUCCUGCGCCGCUUAACCUCGAGAUCCCCGAGUACGAUUUCCCGGCUGAGGACAAGGUCAUCAUCGGUUAGAGCGGUUGCGAUGCGAGCGAUAUCAUGAUUACAGCGUGGUAGACGGGUGAGGGAUGAAUCGGGUAUUGUGUGUUGAUAGUUGGGAAACGAAGAGGCCCUGGAUCUUUCUCCAAUCGUCCGUAAUGCCCUGCUUGCGUUCUCCUCUUGGCAUUUUAUAGACCAGCGAGAGGCGGCGGAACAGUUGCAUGUGUACAAAUUUCUUUUGUUUAACGCUCUUGUAUCUGUGCGACCGCUGCGAGAGUGUACAACAUGAGAUAUGAUUGUUAUACAUUUGGUUGCGCGG